AUCAUUAGAAACAGUCUUCUUUUACAUACCACACAACCGACAGCUUCAGGAGUGCAAUUGCUAUGUCAAUGGAAGCUCAACCAGAGCACCAACUCAAUGUCAUUUUUUUUCCAUUUCCAGCACCUGGGCAUAUGAUUCCCAUGGUAGACACAGCAAGGCUAUUUGCCAAGCAUGGUGUUAGUGUCACCAUCAUCACUACCCUUGCUAAUGCUUUCACUUUCCAAAAAGCUAUAGAGACUGACUUCAACUCUGGAUACCACAUCACAACUCGACUGCUUCCAUUCCCCGCAGCACAGCUUGGUCUUCCUCAAGGUCUUGAAAACGCCAAAGAUGCCCCUACUCUAGAAAUCAUUGGUAAAAUGAGGCUUGGAAUAUUAAUGAUCAAAGAUCAAGUCGAGCUUCUGUUUCAAGAACUACAGCCAGAUUGUCUUGUGACUGAUAUGUUGCAUCCCUGGACAGUAGAGUCUGCUGCGAAACUAGGCAUUCCAAGGCUUUACUAUUACAGCUCGAGCUACUUCUCCAUCUGUGCCAAACGUUCUAUCCUCAAGUACAAGCCGCAUCAGAAGUUGGUUUCUGAUACUCACAGGUUUACCAUUCCUGAGUUGCCUCACAAAAUAGAGAUGACCCCACUGCAGCUACCACAUUGGUUAAGAACGGAGUCUUCUGCCACUGAAUUUUUCGAAGCAGUUUUUGAGUCAGAGGGCAGAAGUUAUGGAUCACUGUGCAACAAUUUUCAUGAACUUGAGGGUGAUUAUGAGCAACUUUAUAAGAGCACUGUGGGGAAAUCCUGGAGUGUAGGACCAGUAUCAGCCUGGGUUAACAAGGAUGAUGAAAGAAAGACCAAUCGAGGACACUCGGAGGACCUUGCACGGGAGCCGGAAUGGCUCAAUUGGCUUAACUCCAAGCAAAAUGAGUCUGUGCUUUAUGUAAGUUUUGGGAGCCUCACCAGGUUCUCUCAUUCUCAACUUGUUGAACUGGCUCAUGGUCUUGAACAAUCUGGCCAUAGUUUCAUCUGGGUCAUAAGGAAAAAUGAAGAAACUGAGAAGGGAGACAGUUUUGUUCAAGAGUUUGAGGAGAAGAUGAAAGAAAGGAAGAAAGGAUAUAUCAUUUGGAACUGGGCACCACAGCUGCUGAUAUUGGACCACCCUGCCACAGGUGGCUUUUUGACUCACUGUGGUUGGAAUUCCAUUCUUGAAAGUGUGAGUGCUGGAUUGCCAAUGAUUACAUGGCCAAUCUAUGCUGAGCAAUUUUUCAAUGAGAAGUUGGUAGCUGAAGUGUUGAAAAUUGGAGUCCCAGUGGGAGCUAAGGAAAACAAAUGGGUUGGCGUGGAGGAUUGUGCAGAUGUGGGAAGGGAAGAAAUUGCAAAGGCUGUGGUACAUUUGAUGGGAAAAGAAGAGAGCAUAGAAAUGAGGAGUAGAACAAGAAAACUAAGUGAUGCUGCCAAGAAGAGUAUAGAAGAGGGUGGAUCCUCUUACAGCAACUUGAUGCAGUUGCUUGAUGAACUCAAAUCUUUGAAGAUAACCAGAGCACUUGACAGACAAUCCAAACAGUGGCUUCAGAUAAAACUAUGAGUUCAGUAAAACUAUUCAUUCCAGAAUGUUUUCCUUUCCGUUUGCUGUUGCCUGAAAGUACAAUGUCUCUGAGGAGCAGUUAGUGAGG